AUGAUGACUGUUAACCAGCGCAGGGUAACCAAACCGGUAUACGUCGGCGGAGUCAAGGUGGGCGGGGACGCCGACGUCACCGUGCAGUCCAUGACCAAGACCGACACCCGCGACGUCAAGGCCACCGUGCGGCAGAUCCACGAACUCGAAGAGGCCGGAUGCGAGAUCAUACGCUCUGCCGUUCCCGACAUGGAAGCCGCCCAGGCGAUGGCGGAAAUCAAGAAGCAGAUUAGCAUCCCCCUCAUCGCCGACAUCCAUUUCCACUACCAAUUGGCGUUGGAGUGCGCCGCCGGCGGCGUGGACUGCCUGCGCCUCAAUCCCGGCAACCUCCGCAAUGAGGAUCAGGUGCGCGAGGUCGUCGCCUCUGCCAAGGAACGCAACAUCCCCAUCCGCAUCGGCGUGAACUUCGGCAGCCUGCCUCCGGUGGGCGGCAUCGGCCGCACCCGCGGCUUCUCCCGCCACAUGGACCUCGUCAAUCGCCUGCCCAAGGCCGGCGAGGCUCAAUCCGGUGACUACAGCGUCGUCGACCACAUGGUGGCCACCGCCCUGUGGGAAAUUAGCCUUCUGGAGCAACAGGACUUCGAGCAGAUCAAGAUAUCCAUGAAGGCCUUCGACGUUCCCACCACUGUCGAAGCCUAUCGCCGGCUCUCUGAGAUGGUCCCCUACCCGCUGCACCUGGGCAUCACCGAGGCCGGCACCGCCAAGUCCGGUUCCAUCCGCACCGCCGUCGGGUUGGGCGUGCUGCUGUACGAAGGCAUCGGCGACACCAUCCGCGUCUCCCUCAGCGAUGACAGCGUCGAAGAGGUCAUCGCCGGCUACGAGAUCCUGAAGUCGUUGAACCUGCGCGACAAGGGCGCCGUGAUGGUCGCCUGCCCCAGUUGCGGCCGCGCCGACGUGGACAUCCGCAAGCUGGCCAACGACGUGGAUGCCCUGCUCCGGGGCACCGACCGCAACGUCAAGGUCGCCGUCAUGGGCUGCGAGGUCAACGGUCCCGGCGAGGCCAAGGACGCCGACGUCGGCAUCGCCGCCGGCGCCGGCCGCGCCAUCAUCUUCCGCAAGGGCGAAAAAGUCCGCGUAGUCCCCGAAGCCGAAAUGCUCACCGCCCUCAUGGAGGAGAUCGAGAAAACACCAUCCAAAGCCUGA